CUGGGCUCAUGGCAGUGUCAGAACGAGGCAAUGAAACUGGGCGAGUCCCAUGCAUUCGAGUCCUGGAGCCUGGCUGGAACACGAUCCGAAUCCUGGGCGUGUGCUCCGGGCUGGGGCCCAUCCUGACCUGCCCUUGGGGCCUCUGUAUCGACAGCGAUGGGGAUGUGUUAGUGGCAGACUGGGGGAAGCAGCACCACCGUGUUCUUAUCUACCCAUCCAAGGGCGUUGGCUGGCCUCUGGUGACCGACAACCUGAGUAGCCCAAGGGGUCUGGCACUCCUUCCUGAUGGCCACGUUGUGGUGUCAGACAGCAUGAAUCACUGCAUCAAGAUCUACCAUUACAAGUGAACUACAGUGGAUGGUGAAGAGAGAGAAAGAAACAAAAUUGGCUAGAGUUAUGACUAAUUGCUCUCAUGAUUUGAGAUGGUUAAAUCUGUGACAGAAGUCAAAAUCCUUUGAAAAUUAUAUUGUGAGCUUUGUGAGUAUAAUUUACAGCCUCUACCUCUUACCUAUUAGAAUUUGAUAUGAUCAUGUUUAGAUGAGAUUUCCAAAUGAGAUAAGGGUUUAUGGUCAUCAGUAAUGUAGAUAAUCAGUACUUUUUUCUUUACGUAAAUUUAGCUCAAAAGACAGAAGUAAAUAAUAAAUACAAAGGCAUGCUUAGAUGCUUUUCUUUUUUCCUCAAAGCAGUCUACAAUCCAGCAGAGUGGUCCUUAAUGGUAGAAUGUUUGUAUAGCAUGACCAUACUGCGAA